CCUCCUCCAUGUGAAUUCACCUUUAAAAUGUUGGUUAUGAUUUUGAUUAUAAAUUAUAAUUAUAAAAACAAGAAAGUUUGUUGAAUUUUUGAAGCAAUAAAAAGAUAAACAAAAAUCUGACAAUAAUUUUUGUUAAGUAAAUAUAAUUAAACAAAUAUGUUUAAAUUUGGAUUCUCAAAUGACUGUUCAAUUCAAGAAGAUGGAGAAAACAUGACAGAUGAUAACAUUAAAUGGAUUAUUGCAUCUGAAGUACAUAUUUAUCCAGAAGAAGUUGCUAGCAGGUAUAAAUGUAUUGAGUACGAUGAAAAUAAAUGUUUUUUUGAUAUAUCAUUAAAAUUAGUACAAACAGACAAGGUUGUUACCAAAUUAAAAGAUGAAAAUUAUAAAGCAAUUGUUGAAGCAGAAUCUCGACAUUCGGAUCUCAUUACUGCUAAAUAUGAAGGUGGUUUAAAAAUUUGGGAGUGUACUAAUGAUUUAGCUAAUUAUUUACUCCAGCAAAAUUAUUAUUUAAAUAACAAACAAGUAUUGGAUUUAGGAUGUGGAUCAGGUAUAAUAGGAAUUUUAUGCUUAAUAAAAGGAUCAACAGUUCAUUUUCAAGACUAUAAUAAUGAAGUAAUUACAUAUAUCACUAUACCGAAUGUUAUUUUGAAUUUGGGCAAUGCAGUCAUUAAUAAUGGAAGAACAAAAUUUUAUUGUGGAGAUUGGAAAUCUUUUCUUUCUCUCUUGCUUAAGAAUUCGAAUAAUGAAAAUGAAAAAUAUGAUUUCAUUUUCACAAGUGAAACUAUUUAUAAUUCAGAUAACCAUAAAAAGCUUUAUGAAGUUUUUAAACAGAAAUUAAAAUUUGGUGGUCUUGGUUUAGUAGCUGGAAAAACUCAUUACUUCGGCGUUGGAGGAAGUAUGAGAGAAUUUCAAGAUCUUGUAAUAAAGGAUGAAAUAUUUAAUGUACAAACAGUUUGGAAAAGUAAUGAAGGACUACAAAAAGAAAUAAUCGCAUUAUCACACCGUUAAUACAUUACACCAUUUUGUGCAGUAAUACUUCUAUUAUAAUUUGUACUAUUUGCAUAUAAUAUAUUUUUUUUGUUAAAUAUAUAUAUAUAUAUAUAUUCUUUUUAAUAUGUAUUAAA